AUGAGAACUGCGUCUUUGGUUGGAACCUCGGUUUCUUCCACGUCCACGAACAGCAGAGUUCAAAGACAAUCCCCGAUGAGACAAACGAUGAGAGUGAACGCGGCUUUGGACUUUGCGGAGCUCGAGGAGGAAGUUGCGGCUCCCAAAGCGAGAGCUGUUCGUAAAGAUGGCUUGUCCUCGAAGGAAGCGAGAAUGUCUCGAAGAUUUAGAGCGGCUCAAAAAUCCGUUCCGGGCAGAAUGCAACCGCAAACGCCGGAACAAGCGAUUGCGUUGAUGAAAGCGAACUCAAACACGAAGUUUGUGGAGACUGCUGAAGUGCACGCGAGAUUAAACAUUGACCCGAAAUACAACGACCAGCAAUUGAGAGCGACGGUUGCGUUGCCGAAAGGAACGGGGAAGACGGUUCGAAUUGCCGUCUUGUGCUCUGGGGAUAACAUUGCUGCCGCGAAGGGUGCUGGUGCGGAUUUUGCCGGCGAUGAUGAUUUGGUCGCGGACAUUUCGGGUGGUAUGUUGGAUUUUGACCUCUUGGUGGCGACUCCGGAUAUGAUGCCGAAGGUUGCGAAGUUGGGGAGACAACUCGGUCCGAAGGGUUUGAUGCCGAACCCGAAAGCCGGUACGGUGACGACGGAUGUUGCCACUACGGUUGGUGAAUUUAAGGGUGGUAAGGUUGAGUUUCGUGCAGACAAGCAAGGUAUUGUGCACGUUCCGUUUGGCAAGUUGAGCUUUGCCGAGGGUGAUUUGAUGACGAACUUGCAGUCCAUUGUGAAUGCUAUCGACCAGAACAAGCCGACUGGAGCGAAAGGGAACUACUGGAAAUCUUUGUACAUCGCUUCUUCCAUGGGACCGUCGGUUCAAGUUGAACUUUCCGCGAUUAGACAAGUCGACUAA